GAAAGUCAAGCUAUUCUAGUCAUUAUGCGUGUGAAAUAUUGUUGAGUUAUGUUUAAAAUUGUUGCUUACCUUGAUAAGUGAGGGUUGCAUGUACUUGUUCGGGGCCGUCUUCUUCACGUGUCAAGCUAUUCUAGUCAUUAUGCGUGUGAAAUAUUGUUGAGUUAAGUUUAAAAUUGUUGCUUACCUUGAUAAGUGAGGGUUGUGUGUAUUUGUUCGGGACCGUCUUCUUCACGUGAGAAAAAAUGGCGGAUGACUCGGGGAACGAAGACCAGUGGCUUUACGGCGAUGCAACAGAAACUACUGAUCAUGAAAUACAAGAUAAAACAGUCGAUGAUUCAUCAGAAGAAAAAACAGAUCGAUCACGUGUAAAUGAUAUAGCAGAUGAUAGUCAUGAUAAGGCAACAGAACCCACUGAAAACAGCUCUGCGUCGGAGGCAGCCCCGCAGCCCGCCGCCAUCCCCGCCCCGGUGCCGGGGGAAGCCGAGGGCGACGACGAGCAGUCGCAGGACAAGGACGAGGAAGCCAAGGAGAACGGGACGGGGACGGGAGAUGACGAGGACGACAGUGACGAGGAUGACGUGCACGUCAUCAUCAACGACAUCAAGACCAGCCCCACCUACACCAGCCUGAACAUCAAGCGAGGGGGGCUGCUCACGUCCUCCGGGGGCGCCGACAAGCUCAAGCAACCGGGCAAGUUCUCCAUCGAGGAGUUUGAGGCGGUCGGCUCCAUCAAUGGCGUGCCCGCUCACGAGUACAACCUGGACUCCGUGGAGGACAAGCCGUGGAGGAAGCCCGGCGCGGACAUCACCGACUACUUCAACUACGGCUUCAACGAGGACACGUGGCGGGCGUACUGCGAGCGCCAGAAGCGCCUGCGCAUCCACGAGUCGGGCGUGGGCCUGGCGCAGCUGGGCAGCACGGGUGCCGGCCGGGGAGUCAUCCCGGUCGCCAUCACCAAUGACAACUCCAAGUACUCGGGCUUCAUGGGGCCCAAGAAGGCGGGGCCGCCGCCCGGCCGCCGGCUGGCGGGCACCAUCGACGUCAUCGGCGUGGGCGGCCUGGCGUCCCGGCGCAACAGCGAGAAGGGGACGCCGCCCAAGGAGAACGUCAUCCAGGUGAUGACGGCGGACCGGCGGGAGUACAGCCGCAAGCCGUUCCCGGACAUGUCGGUGCCCCCGCCGGCGGCCUUCGACCUGCCCCCUCCCCCGCACGGCGUGAUCCCCCCGGCCUUCCCCCCUCCGCCCGGCCACAUGGACGGCUACGGCUCGGACUUCUACUCGGGCGACGCCGACCCGUACUACCAGGCGUACGAGCCCACCCAGGACCUGCAGUGGAAGGACAAUGCCUGGCAGCCGUCCGGACAGGCGGUGAAGGUGAUGACGCCCCGCCCCAUCGUGACGACGCUGGCGGGCCUGCCCCCCGACGCGCGGUCCCAGGACUCGCGGGGCAGCGAGGACACGUCUCGCCGGCGCGGCCGCUCCACCAGCCGCCUGGGCGACGACAAGGACCUGGUGGUGCCCGGCACGGAGAAGGAUCCCCGGGAGCGCAAAGACCGCGGCGAGCGUGCCGAGAAGGAGCGGCACAGGGACAGGACGCACCGGAGGAAGGACCGGUCGCGGAGCCGCAGCACGGAGCGUCGCUCCCGCCGGCACAAGAGCCGCAGCCGCAGUCCCGGCCACCGCAGCCACCGCAAGAAGAAGUCCCGCCACGCCGAGCGCGAGAAGAGCAAGGAGGACACGGAGUGAAGAGCCUCCGUCUCUCUCGUGCGUCAGUGCUCUCGUUCGUGAAGCUGUGUUCAGCACAUUUUCCUGGUCUACUUGUUUGUAAGAUAAGAAUUGAUCAUUUCUCACCUUCAAA